AUGGCCGGAGUUGUUCAAUCUGCAAAUUUCUCUGAUUUUAAGUGUGGCAUCCCCGAGUUAAGCGUAUCUGAGAAUCCAGCAUGCUAUUAUGUCUCUGCACAAACUGCAGAAGGUUUGAACCCAAACAAUAUGCAACAUGGUGUGGAAUCAAGAUUAUCUAAUGUGUUUAAUUACAGCGGAUCAUCGUUUGGUAUGGUUGAUAUGUUUGCUCAUGGAAAUCUUCCAACCAUGCCUUAUAGUCAGAACUCAAACGGCGAAUCAUCAUUUGGUACGGUUGAUAUGUCUGUUCAUGGAAAUAUUCCAACCAUGCCUUAUAGGCAGUACUCAAACGGCGAAUCAUCAUCAUCUAGUUUUAGUACUCAAACGGCGAAUCAUCAUCAUGGAGAUAUUCCGGUUACACUUUAUAGUCCGAACUCAAACUUCGGUUUACAACAAGGAAGUAACGGGGGGAUGACCGUAUCAGAACCUGCAUAUUCAAUUUCUCCUCACAUGUUUGGUGCCGAUGGAAAUGUCAACGCGGCCAACCCAAAUGUUGGCAAUGCUUCAGCUACGCCAAUCACUGGUGUCGAGUCUAACUCAUAUCCGAUGAAUGAAGCAGGGCCGAAUCUUCCAAAUUCUUCUUCUAAUGGAUCACUUUCAAGAAUACUUAGCCUUUCAAAUAUGGUUGAUCUUGAUUAUUUUCUUUCUGAUGUACAAGAUAACUAUCGUGAGGAACCCAUCUUAGAUUUUAAUAUUGAUGAUUUUAAUCUUCAAAACAUACCUGAAAUAAAAGAUAUAGGAUUUUUUCAUGGACUUUGAUCAUUCUUUGAUCAUCAUUAACUUAGGUUGAACAAAUGCUUAGAACAGUGUUGGACAUAAAGGCAUAGAGUGUUAAUUAAUGAGUGUUAAUUAAUGAACAUAUGCUUUGAUAUUUUGAAAGUUUGCUUAAAUUAAUGCAAUCUUGAAUUUUCAGUUGGAACUAUG